UUCCAGCGGCGGUGGAGGGAAGUGACUCCGGUGAACCGCCAGGAGGAGACUGCGCUCUGCCUUCCGCGUCUCCCUCCCUCCCUCCACCACCUCCAUACUGUCCCAUUUCCACCACUGCUGCCGAUCUGCUUUCUGUCCGUGGAGGACGACUGACAACCAGGCACAGGGAUCCAGCUUCCCCCCGGCUCUCCACCCGACCUGCCCCGCAUCACCGCCUCGUCCCGGAGCCAGUCCCCCGCCUCCCCCAUGCCUCGGAGCCCCGGGCCCCGGCGCACCGGCUCCAGCCAUGUCGGCCAGGAAAGCAUCGGCUGGCGGCGGUGACAGAGAACCGGCAGAGGACCUGCUGGUCGAGGAAAACCAAAGCUGUUCUAUGUCUCUGUCCAGCCUGAUGUCCGCUUCCUCAGCUGCCAGCAUGUCCUUGAGCAUGGAGAUGCCCCGGAAGCGCAAGGGCAGCAUAGACAUCCAGGAUUCAAAAUCUGCUUCCAUCCUUGAUGCAGAUAUGGAUGACGACGAAAACGGGUCGGAUGGAGAUGACCAACACAUCAAAAUGAAAUGUCUCAGGGAACCCCACAGCCAAAUUGAGAAGAGGAGACGGGACAAAAUGAACACCCUCAUCGACAAACUCUCAGACAUGAUCCCGACUUGUAACCCGAUGUCUCGCAAACUGGACAAACUCACUGUUCUUAGAAUGGCAGUGCAGCACCUUAAAUCUCUCAAAGGUUCAGCAGGUUCCUUUUCUGAAGCCAACUAUAAGCCAUCAUUCCUUCCUAAUGAGGAGCUCAAGCACCUUGUUCUUAAGGCGGCAGAUGGGUUCCUGUUUGUAGUGGGAUGUGAUCGUGGAAAAAUAGUUUUUGUCUCAGAGUCCGUCACGAAGAUAUUAAAUUAUAGUCGGGCGGAGCUGAUUGGACAGAGCCUGUUUGAUUACAUUCACCCUAAGGACAUGGGGAAAGUGAAGGAGCAGCUGUCAGCUACUGAGUUAUACCCUCGUGAACGGCUAAUAGAUGCUAAAACCGGUCUGCAGGUCCAGGCCUACCUCCCAGUCGGCGGCGCACGGUUGUGUUCCGGCGCUCGGCGUUCCUUCUUCUGUCGCAUGAAGUACAACAAGGUCUCUAUCAAAGUGGAGGAGAAGGAAUUCCAGGCUUGCUCCUCUAAAAAGAAAGAGUCGCAGAAGUACUGCACAGUCCACUGUACAGGCUACAUGCGCAGCUGGCCCACCAGUCAGCUGGGGGCAGAGGGGGAGGGCGAGGUGGACAAGCAGGACAGCUCCCACUUCAGCUGCCUGGUGGCGGUGGGACGCAUCCACUCUCACUCAGCUCCACAGGUUAACGGAGAAGUGAGAGUAAAACCCACAGAGUUCAUCACCCGCUACGCCAUGGACGGCAAAUUCACCUUUGUCGAUCAAAGAGCUACGACCUUUCUUGGUUAUCUUCCCCAAGAACUGCUUGGGACAUCAUGCUACGAGUACUUCCACCAAGACGACUUACCACAUUUAGCUGAUAGACAUCGAAAAGUGCUGCGGAGUAAAGAGAAAAUCGACACAAACUGUUACAAGUUCAAAACAAAAUGUGGCUCUUUUGUCACUCUGAAAAGUCAGUGGUUUAGUUUUGUAAAUCCCUGGACCAAGGAAGUAGAAUACAUAGUGUCAACUAACACAGUGAUAUCUCAAGCCAGUCGGUCGGGAAACAAGCCUGAACAGUCGAGCAAGACUUCUGACGAUGACAAGAAGUCCCUUCCCAUUAUCCCAGGCAUCUCCGCCACUCCUGGGAGUAUGAUUUAUGCAGGAAGCAUAGGGACACAGAUUGCCAACGAGCUGCUGGAUUUCAACAGGAUGAACUCAUCCCCUUCCAGUGGUGACGUCAGCCCCUUCAGUUUACCACAGGAUAAGUCUCCACAAACUCACAAUCAAACCAGCAACCAUGUGCCAAAUGGAGAUGCAGCCGAUAUGGAGAUAGCAGGAAAGUCCAGCUCCGAGGAUGAGCCCCAGGGAGCUGCCUUCUCUGGAGGAGAGACACUCAUGGGGGAGAAUUCUCAGAUGGAUUUGGACAGUGUAGUUGGACCAGGCCUUAGCAGCCUUAGCAAUGACGAAGCAGCCAUGGCCGUGAUCAUGAGCCUCCUGGAGUCGGACACAAACUUGGGCGAUGCUGUGGACUUUGAAGACAUGCGCUGGUCUUUGUAGAAUCUGCUCUUACAGUGUGAAUCUGAGGCACACUGACAAACACUUGGACCAUCAGUUUUUUUGAUGACAAGAACUGCUUACUUCAUGAUGCCAAGUUCGGUUUUUAAAAACCUUUAUUUAUUAGCUUCCUUUUUCCACAUAAGCUGUGUAGUCUCUGUGUGGCAUGAGCAGGAUCGACAUCAAUAAGGGAUCUUCUUAUUUCCCCUUUUCCGGGCGGAGGAUUCGCCUCGAGGCCUUGCAGCGCUCCGCCUGCCCUGAGGCGCUGUUUCCUUAAUGGUCUCCUCACAUCUCCUGUCUGUUGAACUGAGGAGGCCUCACGAGGGUUAAGAACCCACGAUCACAAAUAACAGUGAGAAGACGCACAUCAUGACAGCUCCGGAUUCCUGCUUGAAUCUCUCUCCACCAACGUGUGAUCAAAGGUUGGGAGUGACAAAGCAAAUAAUGCACUGAAUCGACUUCAUUUUGUUUAAAAAGGUUGUUAUUUGAUUUGGUACUGUAUGUUUAAUUAAAAUGCAAGGAAGACACCGUGACAACGUGGCCCAUCUCUGUGACCCCCCCCCCUCAGGAUCCAAACCGUAGGUAGGCAUCGUACCACGGGAGACCACACUUCCAUAAACCUCUAACUUUGACAGUCGCCCUAAUGAUGUGCUGCUCAGAGAUUUCCUCUUGUCAGUAUCUGAACAUUUUCCUCGGAAAGGGUCCAAUAACCUCUUUUGUACACUGACUUGAACUUUACUGUAUAUAUGUACAUUUGGUAUGAUUGCAAACACCAUGUCUUCAGGCCAUAUCUGUCUUAAAGGGAUAGUUUGCGUUGGAAGAAUAUUUUCAAUUUCACGUGUGUUCACUUUAAGGCUGCCCUGGAUAUUUUUUGCUUUUAGCUCUAAGCAGUUAAUAUUGUUUGACAGAAGCCAUCACCUUCAUGCGUUUGUUAGAGAUGAGCAGCUAAUAACCAGUCAUGUUCUCCUAUCGGUUCAUAGGAGCACAACAGUAUUACUUCAUGCAAAGUGGAACAGCACUUUAGAGGUGCUGGAAUGGAGGUCUGGUAGCAGUGGCUGAACAGCAGACCCGUUUCAGGUUGAGUCUCAUGGUGGAAGUCAUAACUCAGGGAGCGAUGGAAGCAAAGCCGCCCCAUGCAGUCAGAAAACGACGGUUCCAUUUAAGUGUAGCAGUGUUUUGUCCUUCAGUUUACGCUUCACAUUCUCUCCCGCAUGCUGUACGUUGGUUCGGAGUCACCAGUCUGUACCUGUUCAUCUGUACCUCUCCUCUUACACUGAUUGUCCGCUUUGUAAUCUGGCAGCUAAGCCAUAGCUUUAGGUGGGUUUUUGUUUUUUUCCUCAUGUACUUUUAUGCACUGACGGUCUUUCAGAAGAUGUGUUUAUGUUUUAUGUUCUUGUCGUGCACCUGCAUUAAUGCAAGAGAUUAUGCUAUGCAGACGGUUCAUUCCAUAAAUUCAAAACUUUA